UUGGACAAGGAAGCUAUUGAAAUUUGUAUGUCUUUGUUUUAAGAAGCUCAGUUCAUAUUUGGUACACGUAUAUUCUGUUGAUAAUGUCGCGCUAUUCGCAUUCCCAGAGGAUGAAUCUGGGGUCUAUUUUUGAUUUUAGAGAUCUUGAUAAAAAUGUUCAAGUCCACCUUAAGAACGUUUACAGUACACUCUCAGUCGGUCUGAUAAUAUCAUGUGUUGGAGCAUAUUUAUUCCAAAUAAACUCUUUUCUUCAGUCUAUGGUAACCUCUCUAAUGGUCUUGUCAUUCAUUCUAUCCCUUGGAAGUUCAUUGUUUAUCUAUUUCACACAACAUUCAAGAGAAACUCUUCAUUCUAGACUUGGUGCUUUCUUCUUGUUCUGUUUUUCUACAGGUAUUGGUUUCGGUCCACUUCUACAAGUUUUGUCGGUUGUCAGUCCUGAUACUAUUCCAACUGCCCUUUUGGGAACCGCGUUGAUUUUCGUUUCAUUCACUUUAGCAGCAUUAUAUUCAAAGAAACGAUAUUACAUUUAUCUUGGUGCAUAA